AACGUUUACCAGCAAUUUUGAGAAAUUCUGUGAAAAAUUAAGAAUUUUAUUAAUUAAAAAACUAAUUUUCGAAACAAAAAGCUAGUUUUUGCAUUUACCAAUAUGGAACGUCCACAAAAAAUGCCGAAAGUGGCCAAGGUCAAAAACAAAGCUCCCGCAGAAGUACAAAUUACCGCAGAACAACUGUUGCGUGAAGCUAAAGAACGUGAUUUGGAAAUUCUGCCACCACCACCCAAACAAAAAAUCUCCGAUCCAGCCGAAUUAGCCGAUUAUCAGCAACGCAAACGAAAAGUAUUUGAAGACAAUUUGCGUAAAAAUCGCAUGGUAGUCAGUCAUUGGAUCAAGUAUGCUCAAUGGGAAGAAUCGCAAAAAGAAAUUCAACGUGCUCGUUCUAUUUGGGAACGCGCUUUGGACAAUGACCAUCGUAAUGUUACUAUGUGGCUGAAAUAUGCCGAAAUGGAAAUGAAAAACAAACAGGUCAAUCAUGCUCGUAAUCUUUGGGAUAGAGCCGUCACCAUUAUGCCCCGUGUUAACCAAUUCUGGUACAAGUAUACUUACAUGGAAGAAAUGUUGGAAAAUGUGGCUGGAGCCAGACAGGUCUUCGAAAGAUGGAUGGAGUGGCAACCAGAAGAACAAGCCUGGCAAACGUAUGUUAAUUUUGAACUACGUUACAAGGAAAUUGAUCGUGCUCGCGCUAUAUAUGAACGUUUUGUGUAUGUGCAUCCUGAUAUCAAGAACUGGAUAAAAUUUGCCCGCUUUGAAGAGUCCCAUGGUUUUAUACAUGGUUCGCGAAGAGUAUUUGAAAGAGCUGUUGAAUUCUUUGGCGAUGAUUAUAUAGAUGAACGAUUGUUUAUAGCAUUUGCACGUUUUGAAGAAGGACAAAAGGAACACGACCGUGCUAGAGUUAUAUAUAAGUAUGCCUUAGAUCAUCUGCCCAAGGAUCGUACACAAGAAUUGUACAAAGCCUAUACAAUACACGAGAAGAAAUAUGGAGAUCGUGAGGGCAUCGAAGAUGUAAUUGUGUCGAAAAGAAAGUUCCAGUACGAACAAGAAGUGGCCAAUAAUCCGCAAAAUUAUGAUGCCUGGUUCGAUUAUUUAAGAUUAAUAGAGGGUGAAGGUGAUGCAGACCUCAUACGUGAAACUUAUGAACGUGCCAUUUCAAAUGUACCACCUGCUAAUGAGAAAAACUACUGGCGCCGCUAUAUUUAUCUAUGGAUUAACUAUGCCCUCUAUGAAGAACUCGAAACUGAAGAUAUAGAUCGUACACGUCAGAUAUACAAGACCUGCCUGGAAUUAAUACCACAUAAAAAGUUUACAUUUAGUAAAAUAUGGCUUAUGUAUGCUCAGUUCGAAAUAAGAUGUAAAGAUUUACCAAAGGCACGCAAAACUUUGGGAAUGGCCAUUGGUAUGUCCCCCAGAGAUAAACUAUUCAGAGGUUACAUAGAAUUAGAAAUACAGUUGCGUGAAUUUGAUCGUUGUCGUUUGCUGUAUGAGAAAUUCUUGGAAUUUGGUCCAGAAAACUGCGUGACCUGGAUGAAAUUUGCUGAACUCGAAAAUCUGCUGGGUGACACAGAACGUGCUAGAGCUAUUUACGAACUAGCAGUACAACAACCGCGUCUGGAUAUGCCCGAAUUGCUGUGGAAGGCUUAUAUAGAUUUUGAAGUAGCACAGGGAGAAUCCGAGUUGGCUCGUCAGCUCUAUGAGAGACUAUUGGAAAGAACACAACAUGUUAAGGUUUGGAUGUCUUAUGCUAAAUUUGAAUUAACUUCGCAAUUAGGUGAAGAAGAUGCCGACAUGAAUCUACGUUUGGCUCGUAGAGUUUACGAAAGAGCCAAUGAUACUUUACGUCAGUUGGGUGAUAAAGAAUCCAGAGUUUUACUUUUGGAAGCCUGGCGUGACUUUGAACGUGAAUCUGGGGACCAGGACAGUUUGGAAAAAGUUAUGGAAAAAAUGCCAAGACGUGUCAAAAAGAGACAAAAGAUCGUUUCAGAGUCGGGAGUGGAAGAAGGUUGGGAAGAAGUAUUCGACUAUAUAUUCCCCGAGGAUGAAAUGGCUAGACCUAAUCUUAAACUUUUGGCCGCUGCUAAAAUGUGGAAAAAACUUAAAGAAACCGGUGGCGGCUCUACUGAUGGUCAAACAAGUGAAAGUGGUGCUAAAAACUCCAAAUCUGGUUAUGAAGAUGAGGCCAAAGAACCAGAAAAUGAUGAUAAUAGUAGUAAAUCGACUAAAACUGUGGAAGAACAAGAUGAUAACGCAAAUAACUCUCCUAAGCAAAAUAGUGAGGAAAAAAACGAUAAUUCCCCUAAUGCUGGCUAAUUGGCAGAAGAUGGUUUUUUUGUUUAGUUUUAAGUAAGGUAAAUAAUAAAAUUUAUAGUUUUAUUAACUUUA